CACCUGUUUGAUCGUUUUGACCAAUGGACGUUAUAACCUGGGGCCGUUUUGACUGUAAGCCGUUUUUAGUGUAAUGUAACCUACACCUAACGAAAACGUAGCAGAGUGAUGAAAAUUUGACUUGAUUCAUUCUGUGGUUUAUUUUGCAGAGAAAUGUAUCGAUUUGAAAGCCAAAAAGGCACUGGUUGACAUACAGACUAAAUUUGCACGUUUGGAGCAUGGAUUUGUUGACAGUAUUGGUGUUCACAUUAUUGACAGGGGUCAUGGGAUAUAGUUCUAUACCCCCCAGCACUUCAUGCAGCUCAAUGACGCCAGAACACUCCCCUUCUGCACAGACAACAGCCAACCCGUACCAGCUUGUUAUCUCCAAAAAUACAUAUUCACCAUGUGAUCAAAUUCAAGUAACAUUACAAGGCCUUGAAGCUAGCACACAGUUCCGAGGAUUCAUGAUACAGGCUCGAUCAGCUGCUGAUUCAUCAACUUACACGACGUAUGGAUCAUUUGCUACAGCCACUGGUGUGGGAAAUCCAUGCGAAAGGGCAUCUGCCACACAUGCUAAUACGGGAAAGGUUGAUAAAUCGUCCAUAAACCUCAAUUGGACGGCUCCAAACUCUGAUGUUGGCAACAUAGUUUUUGUGUAUACAGUGGUACAGAAUUAUGCAACAUACUGGGUCAAACAACAAUCAUCAACAUUGACUUACCUGGCUGGUGCAGGGACCUUAUGCAAUACCGCUGCCACAACCACAGCGAGUGGAUACACAGAAGGAACCAUCACUCGUCCCACAGAUUGUGGAAAAGUUAUCAGCUGCUUUCAUGAUGGCUGCAAGGGAGGCAACUGUGAAUUCAUGCUGACCUGGAAGGAAACUGGGGAUGACAUACUAUUCUCCCUUGCCUGCAAAAGACCUCAGAAUGCAUAUUGCGCAAUAGGACUGUCUAAAGAUGAGAAGAUGGGUGAUGACAGUGUAUUUGAGUGUGUUUCCAAUGGUGGUCAGGUAGACGUGUACUUAUCCUAUAAUUCAGGGCGCACCAACAGCCGUUUGGAUCAGCCAAAAUUUGGUUUAUCUGAUGUCACUACUUCAUCCAAAGAUGGAGUCAUUACCUGCAAUUUCAAGAGAAAAAAGGUCGCUCCAUCCAACACCGGGCGUAGAAAACGAGCUGCUAGCGAUGCCUCUACAUUCUUUGACCUGAAUAGCGACUUUACUUUGUUUUACGCCAUUGGUUCAGCAUCGUCAGGCAUCCUGAUAAAACACAGUGCCAGCCCGCUGGUGUCGAGUCAGGUGGCAGACUUCCAGAGCAUCCAGGAAAUAGGGGGCUCUAGGACAGGAGGAAACCUUGUUAAAGCGCAUGGCAUUUUAAUGGUGAUAGCCUGGAUGUUGCUGGCCUCUUUUGGCAUAUUUUCUGCACGAUUCUACAAAGAUGUGUGGCCUGAAGGCUUUGAGUGGUUCAGCCUGAAACGAUGGUUUGUGAUCCACAGGGCCUGUAUGGUCACUGUAUUCCUGCUCACGGCAAUAUCCUUCAUCAUCAUCUUUGUGCACGUCAAGGGAUAUUCUGAGAUUACAGACUCCACCUAUGCCAAGUCCCAUCCAAUACUAGGAAUCAUUGUCAUGGCCUUAACACUCAUAAAUCCUAUCAUGGCCCUGUUCAGACCUCAUCCUGGGACCCCAAAGAGACCGAUCUUCAAUGUGGCCCACACACUGGUGGGAGUUGGUGCUCAUGUGUGCUCAAUUGUAAAUAUUUUCUCCGGAACUGCGCUUGCUGCAGCCAAGACGCCCGACAAUGUCAGAAUCGUACUUUGGGUGUACGUGGGCUGGCUGUGUAUGGUAGAUCUGGUCUGUUAUAUCUACGCAUGCAAAACUAAACCAGCGUCUGUCAAAAAAGCGCAAACUGUGCCUACUGCUGAAGCUGAUGGAAGCCCAGCAGGUGGAGACACAGGGAAAAUGCCCAUCCUAGGAUCUAGCAAGAAAGGAGAAAGUUUUGAGUUGAACAACACUGCUGGUGAUAAUGAUUCAUCAUUUCAACAAGCCGGUGUGAAGUCAUUCAAGGUCUGGGUGUUGGCUGUACAAGGCAUUGGGCUAUUCAGUCUGUCUCUGGCAGUCAUCAUCAUUGUUGCCAUUGGCGAAAGUGACGAAAUGUGAAAUAUGGUUGACAUAGGUGGCAAUGCCAACAACAACCCAUACCUACCGCCAGAUAUGGGCACUGUAAUCUCAUUUCUGUUGUCUCUUAAUAUUAAUCUACAAUAAAUUUAAUAUACUUGCCUCAAUAUAUUUUAGAAGAAAAGAAAUCAUUUCUGCAUGCAUAGCAGAAGCUUCAAACAUCUGAACCUUCUUUGUAUAUAUAUAUAUAUAUAUAUAUAUAUAUAUAUAUAUAUAUAUAUAUAUAUAUAUAUAUAUAUAUAUAUAUAUAUAUAUAUAUUAAACAAAAAUAAAGAAUAACAAGAUAAAAUACAUUAGAAAUUAAACAAACAAAAUACAUGAGUAUUUGAAACAAGUAGGCUUCAAUAAUUAUCAUUCUUUAAGAGAGCACUUAAUGUUAUUUCCUGCCUAAGAUGUUAUGGUAUACUCAAUUCUAAGUUAUAAUUGUCAAUACUUUGCAGUAUUUUAAGAAUUAUGAUGGUAUUUAUUUGUUUUACAUGCAAACUUUACACCUGUUUUACUAAUAUGGUUGUUAUGUAUUAUUAUAUAAAGAUACAUAUCAGAAAAUAUUUAAGGUAAAUUGCAGUUACUUGUAAGAAUAAACUCAGUAUAAAAAGUUAUUUGAAAUGACAAUAAAACUCUUGACAGAUAUAAUGUCUUCUUGAUUUCGGUUUUCACUUUGUUGUUCAUGUGCAGAUGUGUAAUUGUCCUUCAUAAAUUCAAUGUACCGGUGCAUGUUGUUUCAUUUAGUAAACAUGUAAAUGUUUCAAUGAUGACAUGAUACCUAUUUUGAUAGACAAUAAUGUGUAGGCUGUAUAAGUAUGUACUCUGUAUUUGGUGUUUUAUAAAUGUUAAUGUUUUUCUCUGUUUACUCAUUAAACGUAAUGCUGUUUUUUAACAAUUGUUUUAAUAUAGGCACUUUCUGCAUCUGGAAUGUCAGAACUUUAGAAUUUUUGGUAAUGUAGAUGUUUCAAAAAUUGUUUUCAAUUUACAGAUUGUUUACAUGUAUACAUAUGUAUGUAUUUGUAAUAUUGUAUAAAACAUGUACAUUAAGAUGACAAAGUUUUUAACAGUGGUUUCUUUUAUAAAUUUCAUUUUACAAUAUUUACAUGUGCUGUUAUAGUAUAUCCAGUCAUUUUAGUCUUUAGUCUUUCAUUUAUGCUAAGGGCCAUUUCAAUUUCCUAUGCCGUUUUUUUAUGAGAAAGAAGUUAUAGAUUUGCUCUUGCCUGUCAAAAAAUCAUGAAACUUAGUAAGAAACUUGUUUUACUGAUUUCUCUGCAGAGCUUGAAAAUGGUUCUUUUUCUUUGAAAAACAUGACUUCUAAGAAGCAGGUCAGUUUUCCUUACAGGGCUGUAGAAAUACAGUAGAAGUCACACUUUUUGCCCAAUCAUUAUUAUACUUAUUCCAUUUUUUGUUUUGUUCAAGGUUUAUGAAACUUGAUCAGAACCUUUGUCUUAAUGAUAGUUUGGCUAGGGUUGAAAAAGGUUUUAUUUUUUAAAUAAAAGAACGCCUGGGAUGGGAUGGCAGUUUUCCAUGAUGGGCAAUGGUGAGACAAUACCAUGCAGCUUAGAACAGUACAUUUGGGUCUUAGGUGAGCCCGUAAGGGACUUUGGCUGUCAUGUUUAGUUUUAUAUUCCUUCUCCGAAUAAAGAUUUUGAGGAUAAAUAUUUAUGUUAAAUGUUGCAAUAUAUAUGUUUUAGUGUUUUGUCAUCAUAUACGUAAACUGACUAAUUGAGAUUUAAUUUGUUCACUGAAGUAAUGUGGACCACUUUGACAAGCUUAAUUGUAAUAAAUUCAUCAAAUGUUGUUUACUUGUAAUGUUAUAAAGUGUAUAAACUAUGCUUAUCAAUUAAAGGAUAGAGAUGCAAAAUUAUAUGAUACUAGUAAAUCAUAAUGUUCUUGGUGUAGGCCUUGUACUAUCCUACAUUCUUGACAGAUAUUUUUACCCGAAUCUAAAGAUUUUUUUAAUUUCCAUUUCAUACUCCUAUUUUACUUAUAUAUACUCACAUUUACUUAUAUAUACUCACAUUGACUUUAAUCUCCUUUUUUUCAAUUGUGUAUGUUAUCAUGUUUUUAAAAUAAUUAACUCUGUAAGUAACUGGUACUGUUUUCAUGGAAUCUGAAAAAAAAUGCAGGCAAAAAAAUAAUAAUCAAGAAACGAAUCUUAUUAUAACCUUAAUAUCUCUAAAAAGAACAUAUUAUGGGAUUUAGCGGAUGGCCAAAUUGGCACAUUUAUUUUUAGCUCACCUGAGCACAACGUGCUCAUAGUGAGCUUGUGUGAUCGCUUUUUGUCCGUCAUGCGUCGUGCGCCGUCAUCCUUUGCCUUGUUAACUCUCUAGUGGCCACAUUUAUUGUCCAAUCUUCAUGAAAUUUGGUUAGGAGAUUGGUCUCAAUGAUAUCUUGGAUGAGUUCGAAAAUGGUAACGUUUGCUUGACAAACAUGGCUGCCAUGGGGCGGGGCAUUUUUCCUUAUAUGGCUAUAGUAAAAUCUUGUUAACUCUCUAGAGGCCACAUUUAUUGUCUGAUCUUCAUGAAACUUGGUCAGAAGAUUCAUCCCAAUAAUAUAUUGGAUGAGUUCGAAAAUGAUGCCGGUUGGUUGAAAAACAUGGCCGCCAGGGGGCGGGGUAUUUUUCCUUAUAUGGCUAUAGUAAAACCUUGUUAACACUCUAGAGGCCACAUUAUUUUCCGAUCUUCAUGAAACUUGGUCAGAAGAUUUGUCCCAAUGAUAUCUUGGAUGAGUUCAAAAAUGGUAACCUUUGCUUGAAAAACAUGGCUGCCAAGGGACGGGGCAUUUUUCCUUAUAUGGCUAUAUAUUGCUAUAGUAAAAUCUUGUUAACACAGUAAAGGCCACAUUUAUUGUCCAAUCUUCAUUAAACUUGAUCAGAAGAUUCAUCCCAAUAAUAUCUUGGACGAGUUCGAAAAUGAUGCCGGUUGGUUGAAAGCAUGGCCGCCAGGGGGCGGGGCAUUUUUCCUUAUAUGGCUAUAGUAAAACCUUGUUCACUCUCUAGAGGCCACAUUAAUUUUGCGAUCUUCAUAAAACUUGGUCAGAAGAUUUGUCUCAAUGAUAUCUUGUAUGAGUUCGAAAAUGGUAACCUUUGCUUGAAAAACAUGGCUGAUAAGGGGCGGGGCAUUUUUCCUUAUAUGGCUAUAGUAAAAUCUUGUUAACACUCUAGAGGCCACAUUUAUAGUCCGAUCUUCAUGAAACUCGGUCAGAAGAUUCAUCCCAAUAAUAUCUGGGACGAGUUCAAAAAUGAUGCCGGUUGGUUGAAAAACAUGGCCACCAUGGUGGCGGAGCAUUUUAUCUUAUAUGGCUAUAGUAAAACCUUGUUAACAUUCUAGAGGUAACAUUAAUUUUCCGAUUAUCAUGUAACUUGGUCAGAAGAUUUGUCCCAAUGAUAUCUUGGAUUAGUGGGAAAAUGGUUUUGGUUGCUUUACAAACAUGGCCACCAGGGGUGGGGCAUUUUUCCUUUUAUGGCUAUAGAAAAACCUUGUAAACACUCUAGACUAGAGGCCACAUUUAUUUUCUGAUCUUCAUGAAAGUUGUUAAGACGAUUUGUCCCAAUAAUAUCUUGUUAUCUCAGGUGAGCGACUUUAGGCCUUUCAGGCCCUCUUGUUUUUCUCUCUAACAUGUUCAGUUUUCAUAAUAUAUAUUUACCAAACAUUCUGAAAAUGUUUGUUGAGAUAAAAUGGAGGCAAUCUUUUAUAACUCUGACAGUUGUCCUCAUUUAUUUACCAAACCUUCAGGAAAUGUUUCUUGACUUGACAUAAAAUGGAGAACAGCAUAAAAUGGAGGCCUGGUUUGAUUACCAGCCAAAUGGUACCAGGAACUUCAGAUUAACUGCCCUUUGUUUAUAAGAAAAAUGCUGUUCAAACUCUCUAAAUUUAUUCACUGUUCACAGCAUCUUCACCUAACUUUCUUGAUAUUUUUUUUAAUUAAAUGGAAGUUAAUUUUAAUAAUCAAAUAACAAAUAUGGCAUCCCAUGGGGUCCACUUCUUAGACAGGGCGUACUUCUAUCACUGACCUUUUUUUUAAAUUAAAUGUACCCUAAACAUAUCACCAUAAUAAGUAACAUUUAUUAUGUUCAAUUUAGAAAUGAACUAUUUUAUUAUUUAUUUUGUCAUACUGAUGUUUACAACUUGUUUUAAAACUAUGGGUUUGUAUAAAUUUAUAAUUGUUUAUUCUUGAUUUCAUCUGUGCUCUUUUUUGAACAAAUCGUAUUUCAGCAUUUAUCACUACAGUCUCUUUCAAUAAAAAAAGCAACUUA